UUCAAUUAAUAUUUUCCCCCCACUUGUUUCCUCAAUAUAAUCCCACCCAAUCCACACAACUCCAAUCAACACAAAUUUCUCCCAAAAUCAAAUACAAACAUUUUCACUAAUAACAACAAAUAUGUUUAUGCUUACCAAUUGCUUCGGAAAGGAAAAAAAUUACACGAAAGAAAAGGUGGCAAAGCUCCAUUUCUACGUGCAAGACCUCCGCAUCGGCCACGUCAGUGCCACGGUGUCGGAGGUGGCCACGGCCUCCGUCACAAAGGAUUCCCCCUACGACUUCGGCAGUGUCCACGUCCUCGACGACCUCGUCACCGCGGAGCCGGCGAUCGACUCCCGCCCCAUCGGCCGCGUGCAGGGCCUCACCACCAACGCCGAUCUCUCCACCUACGGCAUCGCCAUGAACCUCAAUUUCCACUUCACGGCGGGGAAGUUCGCCGGCAGCCAGCUCAGCAUCCUUGGACGGAAUCAGGUCAUGGACUGUUUGAAGGCUAACAGUUUACACGACUCUCGUGAGAUCAGAUCCAGUUCCGUCAUCAACUUCUUUAGCCAUAGGAUUUCAGUCAGACCACUUCUAAUUCCUCGAAACUCAGCUUCAGCACUUGAUAGAGCCACUACCUUUUGCUUCUUGCUCCUCCAACAUGCCCCGGUGUUCCCUUUAGGUAACGAACAAUCCUCAAUGCCGCUUCCCAGUGAGCAGGACGAUAAGCGGGAGCUGCCUGUGGUCGGUGGGACCGGGGCCUUCCGGUUCACGCGCGGCUACGCCAUCCAAACCACCUACUCGAUCGACUUUCCUGCCCACUACGCUGUCUUGGAGUACACCGUGUACGCCACCUAUGAUUCGGAGAUCGGAAAAAGCGAUGAAGAUGUUGAGGUUUUUUAUUUUUGAGUUAAUUUAUUUAGUUAAUUUGCGUUUGAUUAUAUUUUCCUUGUAAUGUAGUGCAAGUUGUUAGUGAUUAUAGUUUGAUGGGGUUAAUGUGAGGUAGUGCAAGUUGUGAUUUUAGUGGUGUGCUUGCUUUUUGUUUUCUUUCUAAGGUAGUACAUUAUUGUCUUUAGCUGUAUGGUUAUAAUUGGAUUUGGGCCCAUUUGUAAUUUGAGUUUUAUAGCUGUGUGGUUAUAAUUGGAUUUGGGCCCAUUUGUGAUUUGAGUUUUA